AUGGAACCUUUUCACCACGAUGGGUGUAUCAUCACUCAGCCGCCUCACGUCCGUCUUCCUGGACUUUGUUUCCUGCAAGGCGAUUACGUCGUAGUUGAUGCGCCCUGCACCUUCGAAAAGGGCGUGGAGAUCGGCGUUGGUGGAAACUGUCCUGGCGUUGUAGGUGCAGAGCCUGAGACAAUCUCCAUGGCGAGUCGUUCAUGCCCUUUAAUCCAUGGCGUCCUUUGCAACCUGACACUGGUCUUGAUACAUGCUGUAAGGGCAAUGAAUAAAGGAAUCUUUCCAAACAUUAGCAGUGUCCCGCCAGGGCCUUGCCAAGCUUUCACCACUGGCAAUCGCUGA